AGCACCGUACAGAAGCAGAAACAAUCAGCAUGACAACAUUGCGUUUCUCCCCGCCUUUCGGAACAGAAAAUACAAAUUUCUUCUCUUUUCCUCUCCCACGCGCCGUUUUUCACAGCAUGGAGAGCUCAUCGGCGGAGCUUGUGGAUUUCCCAUUGUUGGUACGUUCCAAUUACAGAGCUGGAACUAUUCCUUAUCGACUUCCCUCUGAUGAUCCUCUCAAGCCCACUCCUACGGAGCUUUCUUGGAUUAAUCUUCUCCUUGGCUCCAUCCCUUCCUUCAAGAAGCGUGCAGCAAGUGAUCCUUCUGUUCCUGAUGCUGCUGAUAGAGCUGAAAAAUUUGCUCAAAGGUAUGCUGAAAUACUUGAAGAAUUCAAGAAGAAUCCUGAAAGUCAUCGAUGGAGUCUUGAUGGAAUAAUUAUCUGCAGGCUUCGCGAGCAAGUACUAAGAGAAUUAGGAUUCAGAGAUAUCUUUAAGCAAGUCAAGGAAGAAGAGAAUGAAAAAGCCAUGACCUUAUUUCAAGAUGUUGUUCGACUUAAUGAUGCUAUAGAGGAUGAAGGCAAGAGACUUGAGAAUCUAGUGAGAGGUAUUUUUGCCGGAAACAUAUUUGAUCUUGGUUCUGCACGGCUUGCAGAGGCUUUUGCAAAGGAGGGAGUUUCCUUUUUGACUACUUGUCAAAAUCUUGUCCCUCGCCCUUGGGUCAUUGAUGACCUUGACACUUUCAAAAGGAAAUGGAGCAAGAAAUCAUGGAAGAAGGUUAUCGUAUUUGUUGAUAAUUCAGGUGCUGAUAUCAUUUUGGGUAUUUUGCCAUUUGCGAGGGAGCUGCUUCGGCGUGGGAUUCAGGUUGUAUUGACUGCUAAUGAGUUACCUUCCAUUAACGAUAUAACUUACCCUGAGUUGGUCGAAAUUAUAUCAAAGUUGAAGGAUGAAGAAGGACAGCUAAUGGGCGUCGAUACUUCAAACCUUUUAAUUGCUAGCUCUGGCAAUGAUUUGCCGGUUAUUGAUCUUACCCGGGUGUCACAAGAGCUUGCAUGCCUAGCCAGUGAUGCGGAUCUAGUCAUAUUAGAAGGGAUGGGUCGUGGCAUAGAAACAAAUCUGCAUGCUGAAUUUACAUGUGACUCUCUCAAAAUUGGAAUGGUUAAACAUCCUGAAGUUGCAGAAUUUCUUGGGAGCCGUCUGUAUGACUGUGUGUUUAAAUUCAAAGAAGUUCCAAGUUUACAAGGUUGAGAAGUUUCUUUCUUCAACACUACCCAUUUCUUGAGUGUCAUUCGUUAAUAAUGUAUUACUUUACUACUUAAAAACACAGGAGAGUAUGAAACAUUGAGAAGUUUCUUUCUUCAACACUACCGAUUUCUUGAGUGUCAUUCAUUAAUAAUGUAUUACUUUACUACUUAAAAACACAGGAGAGUAUGAAACAUAUUUAUAGAAUAUUCCACAAUUUUCUUGAUGUGA